AACCAUCAUUGGCUGGAAUUGUUUCUUGGAAGAUAAGUUUUCAUAGUCAUUAAUGCCAGCCACUUAAGCGUAUAUAAGCCUGUAUUCACACAUACGAGUACAGCCAUCUUCUGUUGACAACUAUCCACCAACAUGUUUACAAAGUCUGUAGCAGUGGUUAGCUGUGUCCUGGUGGCAGUGGUCAACACAUACGCACAAGUGCCUUCAGCUUCGUCGUUUCCAUCAAAUCCGCCAGUACCAGGAAUAUCAUCCAUGCCAUCAGUAUCAUCAGCUUCACCAGUGCCAGCGAUGCCACCUAUGCCAUCAUACCAGUCGAUGUCAUCAGAUCCAUCAGCAGCGGGGAUACCGUCAAUAUUGAUUUCAUCAAUACAACCUAUGCCAUCAAACCCGUCAAAUCCAUCAGCGGUGCCAAUGCAAUCUGUGCCGUCAAUAAUAAUUUCAAUGCUGCCAGAGAUGCCACAAAUACCACCUGUACAACAAAUGCCACCAUACAACGCAGCAACAGCAUAAGCUACUGAAGUUAGAUGUAAACUACCAAAAAAACAUGUAAACAGGCCACCAAGAUGAAUCUUUAACUUGAUCGCCUAUCUUUUCACAGUAAUCGGCAUGCUGUGUGCAUCAAAUCUCAAAAAUACUAACUAUACUAAUAAAUAUCACAUUUUACAAAUAUCAAUGUUGUAUAAAUAAAUAUAUGUAACUUAAUUA